AUGGCUGAUAUAAAUUCCGCUGAAAACCUAUCCGAUAAAGAUAUUUUGGUUGACCAACUAAUAAGUAAUGGAUCAACUAAAUGGAAACAAGUUGGAAUUAUAGUGGCAGGUGAUAAAAAAGAAGCAGAAGGCGAAGGUGUUGAUCAACUAAAUACUCCAAAUAAUCUUGCAUUCGACAAUAAAUAUCAAAGUCUUUAUGUGAGUGACUAUACAAAUGGUCGUAUUCAACGCUUUUCAGUUAAUGGCAAAGAUGAUCGUACUGGCGUUACAGUAUUAAAAUUAAAUGAUCUUGAUGUACCCCCUGAAUUGGCUUUAGGUAAGAAGGGAAACAAUCCAAACGCAUUAUUUAUUGAUAAAAAUGAUAACAUAUAUGUUUCUGAACAUCAACCUCCAUGUCGUGUAUUGAAAUUAUCACCAAAUGGCACCUUAACAACAGUGAUUGAAUCCGGCGAUAGUACUUUUCGAUGUUGUUCGGGAUUAUAUGUUGAUGAAAAUGGAAAUAUUUAUGUGGCAGAUUGGGAAGAAUCUACAGUGUGGAAAUUUGAUAAAAAUGGAAAGAAACGCGAGAUAGUAGCCGGCGGUAAUGGUUACGGCAACCAAUCAGAUCAAUUAUCUCAUCCAAAGGGUAUUUUUGUUGCCGAGAAAACUGGCAAUAUUUACGUUGUUGAUGUUUACAAUCGUCGUGUCCAACGCUGGUCACCUAGCAGCAAAGUAGGCGAAACUGUAUGUGGUGGAAAUGAUGAAGGAGAUGAUUUAAAUCAGUUCGAAUAUCCAUGGUCGGUUUUUGUUGAUGGUAAUGAGAAACAAAUUUAUGUAUGUGAUCCUUACAAUGGUCGCGUUGUUCGAUGGUCAGCAGGUGCAGAACAAGGUGAAUUCAUCGUGGGUAAUAACAGCAAAAAUGCUAAUCCAACUGAACUUCCUUUUUUCGCUGCAAUCAAGUUCGAUCAAAAUGGAAAUAUGUAUGUUGCAGAUAGUAAGAAAAAUCAAAUUCGAAAGUAUUUGAUUGACAAUUAA